UCGACUUCCUGCCUGCGUUGCCACGACGAUGCUCUGGGACAGUUGGAACUGAAAUCAUCUUUGCCGCCGCAGUGCCGGAGCGUGGAGCCGAGGAGGAAAGUCAGCCAGCUUGUUUACUUAUUGGCUUUUUUUACCAUCCCAGAAUAAAGAUGCCGUCACUGUUCACGUGCUCUGCAACUUUUUAAAUCUCUCCUGGUAACCUUUAACCCCUCGGUGCCGAGCAGAGGUCAACGGUUUUGUUUUGGCGGGGUUUGUGAAACCAACAACAGGAAGUUGCAUGAAGUUGGAGGGAAACAAAACAACGUCGAUGUUUCUACAACUCCGUCAGUCUGAGAGGCGUUCAAACUCUGCUGCGUGAACACUCAGACAACUCCUGAAAAAAGCUUCCUCUGCAACCCCAGAGAUGAACGAGGAGGCGGAAGAGGCGCAGCUGCAAGAGGAGGUGAAGGAGGAAGAGGAGCUGCAGCAACAGGAGGAGGUGCUGCAGGAGGAGAUGAAGGGAUGUGAGGAAGACUUGCAACAGGAGCAGGAGCAAGAAGUGCAACAACAGGAGCAGAAAGAGGAGGAAGUGCUGCAGAGAAAGGGGGAAGGAUGUGAGGAAGAAAAGCAACAGGAGCAGGACAAGGUGCAGCAGAGUGUGGAGGAGGAGGAGGAGGAGGAGGAGGUGCAGCAAAGCGAGGAGAUGUUUCAGACUGAGAGUCUGCAGACGGAGGAGCAGCAGCAAACUGAAGACGAGCGGCAGAUUGAAGAGUUUGAGGAGCAAAACCACAACGACCAGGUCCUGAUCCGACUGAGAGGGAUGCAGAAAUACAAGAGCGCCUCGCAGAGGCUGAAGGGGGCCCUGGAGCAGAUGGACCGGGGGGUGGUGGACCUACAGGAACUCCGCAGGAACCUGGAGCUCGCCGCCGCCAUGCUGGACGCCGUGUACACCGACGAGACCAAGCGUCUCUUGGACACGGAGGACGAGCUCAGUGACUUCCAGGCGGAGUCGGUGCCCAGCGAGGUCCGUGAUUGGCUGGCGUGCACGUUCACGAGGAAGAUGGGCGUGGCCAAGCGUCGCCCCGAGGAGAAGCCGAGAUUCAGGAGCAUCGUGCAUGCGGUGCAGGCAGGGAUAUUUGUGGAAAGGAUGUACAGACGGACGUCAAACAUGGCCGGUCUGACCUACCCUCCCACGGCUCUGAGAGCUCUGAAGGAAGUGGAUCACUGGUCCUUUGAUGUGUUUUCCUUCCACGAGGCGACCGGAGACCACGCUCUGAAGUUCCUGGUUUACGACCUGCUGACCCGCUAUGACCUCAUCAACAGGUUCAGGAUCCCAGUUCAGGCUCUGGUGCAGUUUGUCGAGGCUCUGGAGAACGGAUACAGCAAACAUAGGAACCCGUACCACAACCUGAUCCACGCUGCCGACGUCACGCAGACUGCACACUUCCUGAUGCUGCACACCGGACUCAUGCACUGGCUCAGUGAGCUGGAGAUCCUGGCGAUGGUUUUCGCUGCAGCAAUUCACGACUUUGAACACACCGGCACCACCAACAACUUCCACAUCCACGCCAGGUCGGAGGUGGCGAUCCUCUAUAAUGACCGGUCGGUUCUGGAGAAUCAUCACGUGAGCGCUGCUUACAGACUGAUGGCCGAGGACGACAUGAACAUCCUGGUGAACCUGAACAAGGAUGACUGGAGGGAGCUGCGGGCUCUGGUGAUCGAGAUGGUGAUGUCCACAGACAUGUCGUGUCACUUCCAGCAGAUCAAGACGAUGAGGAACGCUCUGACGCAGACGCUCAGUCUGGACAAAGUGAAGGUGUUGUCUCUGAUGCUCCACGCUGCAGACAUCAGUCACCCGGCCAAAGCCUGGCCGCUGCACUACCGCUGGACCCACAGCCUGAUGGAGGAGUUCUUCAGACAGGGAGAUAAAGAGGUGGAGCUCGGCCUUCCCUUUUCUCCUCUCUGUGACCGCAAAGCCACCAUGAUCGCUCAAUCGCAGAUCGGUUUCAUCGACUUCAUCGUGGAGCCAACUUUCAGCGUUCUGAUCGACACGACGGAGAAAGUGAUCGGUCCUCUGAUAGAAGAGGACAGGAAGGCCAGAGAGACUGGGACCAGGAGGUCGAGUCUCACAGGAAGUGGUUCCGUUACCGUGGAGGCGGUGCAGAGACACAGCAGUGGUCGCCAUGGGAACAGCGAUGACGGACAGCUGGACUUCUCGCUGACGGCCAUCGACCUGCCGGCCAUGAAGCAGCACCUCUCGGACGUCAUCGGCAGCAACAAGGACCGUUGGAAAGAGCUGUCUGUGCAUGAGCUGGCCCGUAAAGAGAAGGCGGAACAAGAGGAAGAGCAGUCCAACGUCAACUCAGACGUCCAAUCCUCGCCCAGUCACAGUGUCCCUGAUGGACACACCACGGAUCAAUCACAGGAGGGCUCCCUUCCUGAUGAAGAGACGCAGGACAACACCCCACCUGUCCACCUGACAUGCAACGGGGCGGGGCUAGCGGAGGAGAAGGAGGACGAGGAGGAAGUGCCUGAAAACGCCUGAUGGCUCCAGGGCGAAAAUGGAUGUGUGUGUGGCAGAUCACCUCAAGUGCGAUGCAGUGACAGCAGGAGUUUGGACUUGUGUGUUGAAACACAGCAGCUGACUCAGAGGCCCCUCAGUGGCCCCCUAAAAAAGGGGCCACUAGACCUUAUGUUUACAACUGACCAUGAGAAGAAAAUGCAUUCAAAGUGACGACAUUCAUCAGAUUAAAGCUUCUUAGCAGCUUCAUGGUCCAUCACUGUGGUGAACGUGUUUUAUGGUUGUACUAGAGGCUCAGAAGAACAAUGUCUGUGAAAGUGAAACUGUCAAAAUUUGAGUGUAAAUAAAAACAGACGGGUUGAAAACCAAAGAGCGUCCAGUGGCUGUUCAUGGCAGGUUUAAUAUUCCAGAGGAAUGACACAUGGAGCUGUUAAGAAGAAGAAGAAGACGAAGCCGAGCGACAGGUGUGUGUUAGAAUCCUCCUGUGAUAUGUCUGGAGUGUGAAGAGUGAUCAUCAAACUGUGUUCCUGGCCACGUCCCAAUAAGUGAUGUCAAAGAAUGAUCAGUAUUUCCUUUAGGAUAUAGGAGCUGUUGUUCGGUUUUGUCCAAACUGAAAUAUCUCAAUGGUUAUUGGAUAGAUUUCCAUUAAUCUACAGACAUCUGUUGUUCCCAGAGGAUGACUUGUUCUGACUUUGGGGAUCUUCGGUGCUAGCACCAGUUAAUCACAACACACCUCCAAAGA